CCUAAAAGCAAACGCAUGACGCGAACGAGAGAGGAGCCUGGAAAAGAAGAAACCGGUGAUUGGAAGUUAUGGAAGAUAUGGAGAUGGAAGUUCAGAGAAAGCAGUUUGAAGUAGACCUUGGGCAUGUUUUGGCCUUUGAUUCCUCUCACCACUUCCGCUCUCCUCCUUCCAACUGGGAGGAGUUGGUAAAGGAAUGUCUACAGAGGGGCACUGAGCUAGUUCAAGCGAUUGCAGAUGGUGUUUUCAGCUUACCUUCUACUGAAGACGUAGAUGGUCCCCUUGUGAAGUUGCCACCGCCAACAACAAAACUGCCUAGGGAAAAGCAUCUUCCAAGGCCUAAACCUCCAACAAAAUGGGAAGUGUUUGCCAAAGCAAGAGGUAUACAGAACCAUAAAAAGGACAAGGUUGUUUGGGAUGAACAAACUGGCACUUGGAAGCGUCGAUAUGGACGUGAUCGCGUUAAUGAUGAUGAAGACAUACCCAUCCUUGAGGCCAAGGCGACUGAUGAGCCAGGGCAGGAUCCUUUUGCUAAAAGACAAGCAGAAAAGAAUACACGAGUUAAGAAGCAAGAGAAGAAUACGUUGCAGAACCUGAAAGAAGCUGCAAAAGUUGGCGCCUUGCCAAGCCAUGUACAACUAGCUGCUACAACGUUGCCAAUAACAGGAACCCAGGCUGCCACAAAGAAACUAACUAAAGAUGAACUUGGGAAUGUCGCCAGUCUUGCUGCAACUGCCACCGCAAGUGGUGGCAAAUUUGAUAAGAAAUUGCCUGGAGAAAAAGCUCCUAAAAAGCAAGGAAAGCAUCGCAAGUUUUGUAUUCUACUACCCACACAUAUGUUUCUGCGUAAAUAUAUAACCUGGAUAACCAUGAUAAAGUUUUAUGAUUUUUCUUUUUGUUCAUUUGCUUUUCAGUUCCUUCCAGUUGUGGAAGGUUCAGGGAUAGGCACACAAGAGAAGGAGCAAACUGAUAAAGUACUGAGCAAGUUAAUAUCUAAGAAUUCUCAUGAGAUUCUCAACGUUAAUAAGGCCGUUAACAUGUACAAUGUGAAGAAAGAGAAGAAGCGGAGGAACGAUAAUGAGAAGUCUUCAACUUCAACUAGGUUGAAAACCAAAGCCAAACCCAUGAAAGGAAAGAACAAAUCUCUUAAGAAGCCUUUGAAGGGAGGUUCAAAAGGUGGCUUGGCUAAGAAAGGGAACGCAAAAUAAUAGUGUAGACAAUGUUUAGUUGUGCUAAAAGCAUAUUAGUUUUGGCUAGGUUACUGCGUUUAUUUUGAUGGUGAAAGGAAUCUUGUUGCAUUGUUCAAUCUAUCCUGUCAGUCCAUAAUCUGCACCAUUAUUGACUGGUGUUGUUUCUGUCUCUCUCAACCAUCUCCAGCAAAGUUUUUGUUUUUUUGGUUUGAAUGAGAAUGGUAAAAGAGUAUUUUUCAUCUCUCAA